GCAGCAGGCUGUACCGAAACUUCACCGAAACGCAAAAGUGUUGUGCAUUUUAAUUCCCGGCAUCAAAAAUUCACCAGGAUUUCUAACGCUUGUGCAUGUAGUACAUUCAGAAAAAUGAAAAGCAUGCUUGUUGAUCUGAUUGACUGGAAAAUUCGCUACUAAUUCGUGCAGACAGCGGUAUCCUGGAACUGGAGCGACCGUCGCCGACAUGAGUGCGGGUCUUACGCCGAGCAAAAGUACCGUAUACGUGAGCAACUUGCCGUUCAAGCUCACAAACAAUGACCUGCAUCAGAUUUUCCAAAAGUACGGCAAGGUUGCCAAGGUGACCGUCAUGAAGGACAAGCAGACCUGGAAAAGCAAGGGAGUGGCGUUUGUGCUAUUUGCGGAUCCUGAGUCAGCUAGCAAAUGUGCAACUUCGCUUGACAACCAGCAGCUUAUGGGACGCACACUCCGAGCAAGCAUCGCAAAGUACAAUGGCCGAGCACCCGAGUUCAUCCGCCGCAAGGAGUAUAAGGACAAGUCUAGGUGCUUCGAGUGUGGUGAGGAAGGUCAUCUCAGUUACCGCUGCCCACGGAAUUCAUUUGGUGAGCGAGAAGCUCCGCAAAAGAAGAAGAAAAGAAGAAAAGCUCAGCUGCCUAAAGAACAGGAAGUGGAGGCCACAGAAAGUGAGAAUGAGGAAGACCCGGCCUUGGAGUCUCUUCAUGCAGCGAUCAAAUAUGAGCAACAACAACGAGAGCGCGAAUCUGGAAGCAACCAACAAUCUGGUGCACACUCAUCCUCUGAUAGUCGACGUCGAAUCCGCAAGAGUGCCUACUUCAGUGACGAAGAGGAGUUCGACGAAGGCAAUGGAUGACUCUGAAGCUUGGCUCAUGCAGAUGUUUUCAUGUACAUACGUCAUCUUAUUCACAUACCUCAUCUCAUUUCAAUGACACCGCAAAGGUUUGAUUUUCACAUUGGGACAAUUAAAAUGUGGAAAGAACACUCAGUAGCUGCUCACAUAUAAGUUUUCCACUGACAUUUAUGGUACAUGAGGAAUGCGGGUGCUUAAAGAGUAACGCAGGACCAAAAAUUGAAAAGCAUGGCUGGUUUGUAGCCAAAUAAAUGCCGCCUUAUCUUGUUGAAAAGAAAUGACGCCGAAAGUUUUGCAAAAACGUUUCGUUAAAUAAAGUGUGCUGUGUUCCGAUUGCUGUGUCGAUAAUGUAGGCUGUUUUGUGCAAUUCCUGAGGCGAGUCACUGUUUUGCAGCAACCUUGUGUAUUGUUAUGCCUACGCAUGGUUUUCACGAUGCUAAUAAAGAUACUUGCUGCAGCCAA